UGCCAGCACAGGUCACAUAAAUACUAGAAUAGAAAGAGGAAUUAUUAAAGAGAACUACUGGAUGACUAUUUCAUGGUAUUUUAUAGGAAGAUCAUUUAGGGUGAGUGAGUUAUCUUUACAAAAAAAAGUUGAAAAGCUGUCACUGGGGCAGUACCCUUGAGUGUCUAUCUUUUAGUGAGUAAACACUGUUUUUGAAUACAUUAAGAAUUUAUGAAGACUUCUAAGGAUCUUUUUCUUUGUCUCUCAGGGUUGUAAAGAAGAAAGAAACCCCUGCAAGUCAUUUAGCUGGUCGAUCCCACCUGCAGACUUCAACCAGAUCAAUGCUACUUUUAGAGUUUGGCGACCCACCUUCAUCAAAGGAGAUUUUUCUAGCAUCAACAUGGCUGUUGAUGCUAUGCUGAGGAGCAAAGACCACUGAGCUGUUUGUGUUAAAUCAGAAUGUCAUAAGUCGUGAGGUCACAAUACAAGUAACCAAAGAUAUACAAAGUGGAAUCCCGCUGUGGAUUAUCAUCUUGAGUAUUCUUCUAGGAUUAUUAAUACUGGCUCUUGUCAUCUUCGCUUUGUGGAAGGAAGAUAAAGAUCUGGCCAAAGUAUGACAUCACAUCCUCACAACAAUUUUAGCACGGCGUUCUGAGUAAUCUCGUGCAGUUUCAUAAAUGACUGUGAGACUGCAGACAUCAGGAUCAGCUCUACUCUUCUUAGGCAGCUAUGGAAAAAACUGAGAAAGUCUGGAUUCUACUAUUAUUUCAGAGUUUUUGCAUUGCUCAAACUCAGGGUUUUAAUGUGGGGACUGCUGGUGCCAAAAUAUUCAUGGGUCCUAGUGGUGAAGAGUUUGGAUACAAUGUACAACAGUUCAGUAAUAGUCAAGGAAAAUGGCUGCUGGUUGGAUCUCCAUGGAGUGGAUACCCUAAAAACAGAAAAGGAGACAUCUACAAGUGUAACAUCAGUAGUACCAGCUGUCAGAAACUAAACCUUGAAAACUCUGUCAACAUAGAUGGUGUGGAAAAUAUAAACAUCAACAUGAGUCUGGGUCUGACCCUCACUUCAAUAACUAAGUCUAAAGGAAAUGCAUUCAUGACAUGUGGUCCUCUGUGGGCUCAGCGCUGUGGUAGUCAAUAUUUUUAUCCAGGAAUCUGUGUUGAAGUGAACUCAAAGUUUUCACCUCAGCCGGCCUUCGCCCCAGCUAUUCAGACAUGUGGUGGUCCAAUGGAUGUUGCCAUUGUUUUGGAUGGAUCAAACAGUAUUUACCCCUGGGAUGAAGUUGUAAAGUUUCUCGUAAACCUUUUGAAGAACCUUAAUAUUGGACCGGACGAAACUCGGGUCAGUAUUAUGCAGUAUUCAGUGAAUGUGACUUCAUACUACAAAUUUAGCUCUGACCAAAACAAAGAAAAAGUUCUUUCAACUGCAAAAGAUAUUGAACAGAAAGAAGGGCAAAGCACCUUCACUUUUGACGCAAUUGAUAAUGUCAGAAAAGAGGCAUUUCUCCCUGAAAACGGUGGCCGCCCAGGUGCCACUAAAGUAAUGGUAGUGGUGACUGAUGGAGAGUCUUUUGAUGGUCAUAUAGCUCAAGAGGUUAUUGACAAGUGUAAUAAAGAUGGGAUCAUUCGCUUUGGCAUUGCUAUUCUCAAAAAAAGUGCAGAUAUACCAAAAUUCAUCAAGGAAAUUGAACUAAUCGCUAGCACCCCUACAGAAAACUACAUGUUUAAUGUGUCAUCAGAGGAAGCUCUUAACAAUAUUGCAGGAACUCUUGGAGACAGAAUAUUUAACAUUGAAGGGACCAGCCAAGGAGAAAGUUUUAAAAUGGAAAUGUCCCAAGUUGGAUUCAGUGCACACCAGACCAAUAAGAAGAAUGUGAUCAUGCUGGGUGCUGUUGGUGCGUAUGGCUGGAGUGGAACCGUUGUCCAUCAGAAUGGUCAGAAAUCACAGAUUUUUUCGGAAAAUGGUUUUGAGAAAACCCUGGACGAUAGAAACCACAGUUCAUUACUCGGAUACUCCGUCAGCACUUUAAUUGACGGCUCUUCAGAGUUUUAUGUGGCUGGUGCUCCCCGUGCCGUUCAUAGAGGACAAGUUGUAGUUUACACCAUCAGAGAGAAACAACCCUUCAUUGUAGAUUCACAAAAAGGAGAUCAGAUUGGGUCUUAUUUCGGCAGCGUCCUCUGUCCUGUUGAUGUGGAUGCUGACGGUGUGACUGAUGUCCUGCUGGUUGGAGCUCCAAUGUACAUGAGUGAGAAGAAGUUUGAAACAGGGAGAGUUUAUGUCUUCUCCGUUAAUAAGGGCACCUUAGGCAAACAGGGCACCUUAGAGGGUUCCUCCCCACUGGAGAACGCUAGGUUUGGAAUGGCCAUCACCUCAGUACGGGAUCUUAACCUGGACGGCUUUAGUGAUGUGGUGGUUGGAGCUCCAUUGGAGGACAACGGCCAAGGUGCCAUUUACAUCUACUAUGGAGAUCAAAAAACCAUCAGGAAGCAGAGCUCACAGAAAAUACUUGGAUCAAAGCUAGACCAAACGCUUCGACUCUUUGGACGUUCUUUGGAUAGCCGUGAAGAUAUGAACGGUGAUUCAAUCCCUGAUAUUUCAGUCGGAGGAUUUGAGAAAGCUGUGCAGCUCUGGUCAAAGGGAGUGGCAUCUGUCACCACAACGGCCUCCUUCAACCCUGACAAGAUCAACAUUUUGAAGAAACCCUGCAUGAUUGGUGGAAGAAUGGUGUCCUGUUUUACUGCUAAAGUUUGUUUCAGGUCAACAUUCAGACCUAAAACAUUACCGGGUUCAGUAGAUAUCAAAUACAACUUGACCCUGGAUGCUGACCUAGAAUCAUCUAGAGCCAUCUCAAGAGCUCAGUUUGAAAACUCAGAGCGUGGCAUCCAGAGAGCUAUCAGUGUUUCUAAUACAGAAACGUGUUUUUAUCAUAAAGUCAAUGUACAGGAGACUCCUGAUUUUGUGAAUUCAAUCGCUUUGCGGUUAGACAUCAGUCCACAGAAUCCAGAUAUCGGCCCUGCCCUGGAUGCAUUUCACCCUAAAGCAUGGGAGUUUUUUAUCCCUUUUGUAAAGGACUGUGGAUCUGAUGAGAAAUGUACUUGUGACUUGAAGCUGACUGUGAAAGGUGUUAAUGUACCAAGCUCAUCCUCACUGUUAGUGAACAAUGAUAGAAGAAGACUCUCCUUUUUUGUGACCGUAAUGAACAGUAAAGAAAAUGCUUACAAUACAAGAGUAUCAGCAAACUUCUCCUCUAACCUCUUCUACGCGUCCUUCACACCACCCAGUGACAACACCGAAGUAAAAUGUACUUCAAAAGCAAAUUCACUCGACUGCCAAGUUGGAUACCCAGCUCUCUCAACUGGCCAAACAGUAUCAUUUGAGAUCAGCUUUGACUUUAACCUGAAUGAGCUGCAGAAAAACGCCAUUGUGGACUUUGAAGUCCAAAGUGACAGUGAGGAGGAAGUGACAUCAGAUAACAAAGUUUCUGUCAUCACCCCGAUCCAGUAUGACUCUGAAAUCCUUCUCACCAGGUACAUGAACUUGGAUUUUUGUUUGGUUGGCGCAGAAGAUCAAGUCAAAAAUACAGUCUCAGGCUUUGAUGACAUCGGCCCAGAAUUUAACUUACUAUUACAAGUUUCAACAGGAACGUUCCCCAUCAAUCAGGCUGAAUUGACUGUAUCACUGCCCACCAGCACCAACGCUGGAAAUCCUUUAUUAUAUGUGACCUCAGUGAAAACUGCACCUGUUGGAAAUGUUCAGUGUUACGCCAGCAGUCUGGUUGACCCAUUGAAGAUCAGUGAGAAAAAGCACACUGCCAGCUUUACUAAAGAGAGCUUUAGAGGAACAAAAGAACUGAAUUGUCAGGCUGUAAAAUGUGAACCCAUUACUUGCCGUCUCAAAGACCUGGAGAUAAAGAGCAACUACUUUGUUAACAUCACCGUUAGGCUCUGGAAUGGCACAUUUGCUUUUGCCGAUUUUCAGACAGUUUCAUUGGCUGGAGACGCUGAGAUCAAAACAUCUCAGCCUGAUCUCAUAGUCAUCACCCAUAAUAAACAACAGAUAAGAAUUACAGUCAGUAAAGAAGGAGCCAGUGGUGACAUUCCUAUUGGUAUUAUCAUAGGCAGCGUCAUUGGUGGACUUCUCCUUCUUGCCCUAGUUACCGUGAUUUUAUGGAAGCUGGGCUUCUUUAAGAGAAAGAAAUUGCCGGAGAAGACUGAACAGGACCAGGCAGAAGAAGAAGGAUUGUGUGAUAACACAGCGUAAAUAAGACAGACAUACUCCAGUAUGUGGAUAUACUGGAAAACUUGACCCCUGGCCCCCUUUGAAGCUACUGAAUAGUUUUUUUUGCACACGUUUCUUCUAUGAACUGCAUGUGCAUGUACACAUGCACUGAUAUGGUACAUUGAGGUUUCCUCAGUAUAACUACAGUAUAGAAAUAUAACUGAUAUUCAGUUAACAAGUAUUUCAGAGCAAAAUGCACACCAGUACUGUCACUGGAUUUUAUGCUGAUAAUAUUGUAUUUCAAAAUGUCUCGCAAUUGUUUUUUGCAGAUGUAGUUUUGCAUUUGUCCUUAGUUGACAGUGUCAGGAUGAAAAUAUGAACAAAUAAGUCUGUGCAUGCAGAAGUAAGACACGGGGGUGGUGCAAGAUGGGGAACGUUAAGUAAUUUCUGCCAGAGGCUGUAGUUUUUGUCUGCGAAUUUCUGCGUCCUUCACAUUCUCGUUCUAACACGCUUUGGGAUGUACCAUACAUGCUUCUUAGUUAACAGUUCAGCUUACGAUUCAACUUCUGACUUUUCUCAAUUCUUUUACCCAAUUAAAUAAUAAUGUAUAAAAGAGUUUGUUUUAUUUAUGUUUAUUUUUUAAGUCUUCAAAAAUACAGUAUGUUUGUGAUUGUGCAUUUACCUGCCAUUGUAUACUGAUACUAAAAUACCCCACCUUUAUUGACAGGUCCCUAAUGAUAUGACUUAAAUUCCUUAAAGUUCUCCUAAAUGUAUAUAUUAUGCUAUUUUGUAAAAACUUUUAAAGGUAUUUCACCCCUUCACUGCCCCUGCAAAAACUUGAUAUUGUUUGUGACAGAAGUGUCUGCAAAAUGUAUCUGUCCCUCUAUUGAAAAUAAAAUGUUGAGAUUGCACCAAUAAUAAGGUAGACGCCAACGCAGAGAUGUGUUUACGCCCAGGUAGUCCUGAGCAAUAGUUAAAGCAACACUAUGUAGCUUCCAUGUAAAAAUGACUUACAGCUCCCCCAUGUGGUUGAAAAGCGCAACAGUCCCUGGUCUGCAGGCAGGGGGAGGGGCGGGGCUGUGUGCUCUACCCUCCACCGCCACUUUCAGAGUGUGCUUGUAGCAGCUAGGAGGUUGCUCAGGUUGCAGCAACAGUACAAUUUGUCCAGUUAAAAGUUGUUCUAUCACUGAAAUAAUUUUAGGGACAUUAUUAAAAGGUAAAAAAAAUACAUAGUGUUGCUUUAAAUUUACAUUAGCUAUAUUUAGGCAUUUAGCAGACACUUUUAUCCGAUGCGACUUAAAAUAGGAAAACAAUAAAGGGAUUUGUCUUAGAAAGGCAAAAAUAUUAGAAGUGCUAUACAAAGUUACCAUCAGCUUACCAAGUUUCAACAUUUUACAAUAUAACCUUUUGUGAGUAGACGUCACAGUUGCGUCACUGCAAGCUGCGCGCGCAAUGUGGUGGCGGAAAAACAGUGGAAAUGAAUUAGACACGAGUGAAACGAGCAAGAUAACUCACUAGAAACUUUCUUGUUGUGCUGCUGAGUGUCAGAACAGGAAUGCCAAAAAAGAUGACCUUCAUUGUUAUGGUAUACCGUCGUCGAAGACACCAGUUGAAGAUAAACGUAGGUGUUUAUGGUUGCAAUGGGCCUAUAAACGGACAGACUGGAGUGAUGAAAUUAUUUGGAAAUAUUUUAAUAAUUAGAAUAGAAAAUAAUUAGAGAAGAUGUCCGGUGUUCGAAGUCUGUUUCCUCUGUGUUUCUUAUAGCGUUUUUAUCACGUUAUGUUUAUAAUUUAUUUAAUUUAUUUAGAAGGAUUAAAGAUUUGAAUGAGUUCAUAAUAUCAAUAAUAUCACCAUUUAUUAAAUAUUUCAUAAUUUUUCCGUUUUCUAUUUUUAUCUUAUAUCUUAGCCUAUGUCUUCUUCCUAUUUGUUCUAAAAUUAUGAUGUUUACAUACAAAUAUAGCACACACAGACACACACAUGAUGUAAAGGGUUAUUAAUAUAUAAACAGGCCUAUAUAAAUUAAGUUAUAUGUAAACAUAAUAGUUUUAUAAUAGUUUUAGAGCAAACAUGUAUGCUAUACAUAUAAGGAAGAAAUAAUAGAAAACAGGAAAAUGAUGAAAUAUUUAAUAAAUGAUAUUAUAUAAAAUACAUGAUAGUAUUGCUCUUAUAUUUACUUUAGCGA